CUAAGCCUUUAAAAUGGGAAGAAAUUUACAAACCAUUGUCUUUUUGGUACUAGUCUUUGAGUUCUUAUUUUUUUCAGCAUAUUCCUUGCCUUUGUCAACAAAAGGAAGAUGGAUUGUUGAUUCGAAGACCGGGCAUCGUGUCAAAUUUGUUUGUGCAAAUUGGCCUUCUCACACUCAAAGUAUGCUAGCAGAAGGCCUUAACCAUCGACCACUUAAAGAACUUGCAGAUGAGGCAAUCAAAUUGAGGUUCAAUUGUGUGCGUCUCACAUAUGCAACUCACAUGUUCACUCGUUACGCUAAUAGGACAAUUGAAGAAAACUUUGACCUUCUUGAUUUAAAACAAGCCAAAGCUGGAUUGGCCCAACAUAACCCUUUUCUAUUGAAUAAAACCAUUGUUGAAGCUUAUGAAGCUGUUGUUGAUGUGCUUGGAGCAAGUGGAUUAAUGGUUAUUGCUGACAACCAUAUUAGCCAACCAAGAUGGUGCUGCUCUCUUGACGAUGGUAAUGGCUUCUUUGGAAAUAGAAAUUUUGAUCCCCAAGAAUGGUUACAAGGUCUUCGCUUAGUCGCUAAACGUUUUGUAAACAAAUCAACGGUGGUAGCAAUGAGCCUACGAAAUGAGAUACGAGGAACGAUGGAAAAUGCAAAUGAUUGGAAUAACUAUGUAACUCAAGGAGUAACAACAAUCCACAACAUAAAUCCAGAAGUUUUAGUGAUUGUUUCAGGUCUCAAUUAUGACAAUGAUCUUCGAUGCUUAAAAGAAAAGCCCUUGAACGUUAACACCUUGGACAAUAAGCUAGUUUUUGAAGUCCACUUAUAUUCUUUUAGUGGAGAUUCUGAGAGCAAAUUUGUAACACAACCAUUAAACGAUAUUUGUGCAACCAUCAUGAAUGGGUUUGUAGAUCAUGCUGGGUUCGUAAUUGAAGGAUCGAAUCCAUUUCCUUUGUUCGUUAGUGAAUAUGGAUACGAUCAAAGGGAGGUCAAUGAAGCUGAAAAUCGAUUCAUGAGUUGUUUUACCGCACAUCUUGCUCAAAAAGACUUGGAUUGGGCAUUAUGGACUUGGCAAGGCAGCUACUAUUACAGGGAAGGUCAAGCAGAGCCUGCAGAAACUUUUGGAGUACUCGACUCUAAUUGGACUCAAAUUAAGAACCCUAACUUUCCUAAGAAGUUCCAACUAUUACAGACAAUGUUGCAAGAUCCAAAUUCCAAUGCUUCAACCUCAUAUGUUAUGUAUCAUCCACAAAGUGGUCAAUGUGUCCAAGCGUUAGAUGACAACAAAGGAAUGUUUUUGAACAAUUGUUCUACCCCAAGUCGUUGGAGUCAUAAUGGUGAUGGUUCCCCAAUUAGGUUGAGAUCCACCGGUUUGUGUUUGAAAGCCAAUGGAGAAGGUCUUGGAGCAUCCCUCUCAAGUGACUGUUUGAGCCAACAGAGUGCUUGGAGAGCCAUUUCUAACUCUAAACUUCACCUGGCCACCUUCGCUCAAGAUGGGAAGAGCCUUUGUUUACAACUUGAAAACUCCAACUCUUCAAAAAUUGUGGUGAACUCCUGUAUUUGCACCAAUGGUGAUCCUAAAUGCCUCCAAGACACCCAAAGUCAAUGGCUGACACUUGUUGCAACCAAUACCUUGUAA